AUGCGACCAGUACAUAAGGUGUUCUAUCUCUUGCUUAGCGGCCCUUCCUUGGUGGCGCUGAUUAAUCCAGAAGGGCUAGAUUUCAUUGGAGCGGUGACAGCUUCCCCGGGUGGGCAGCUCUCGUCCUGCACGGUGUCAAUGAUGAAAGCUUCCAGGGAAAAUGCACUUAAGGAAGCUGCCCAAGGAGACCAUCGCCUGAGGCCCCAUUAUGCAGGCCUUCCCGCAAGGGCCCGCCAGCUCGACAAGGUGAAAGCAGAGUAUGCUCGGCUUAAACACACGCUCACCAUAGUGACCAGAGAACGUGAUUUGGCCGUGAAGGAGAAACACCAGCUCCAAGCCAAGCUGGAGAACCUAGAACAGGUCCUAAAGCACAUGCGAGAGGCCGCAGAACGGCGGCAGCAGCUGGAGUUGGAGCAUGAACAAGCCCUGGCCAUCCUCAACGCCAAGCAGCAGGAAAUUGACCUCCUGCAGAAGGCUCAGGUUGAAGCUAAGAAAGAACAUGAAGGUGCAGUGCAGCUGCUAGAGUGCAAGGUGCGAGAGCUGGAGGAGAAAUGCCGGACACAGAGUGAGCAGUUCAGCCUGCUGUCCCGGGAUCUGGAGCAAUUUCGCCAGCACGCCGGCAAGAUCGACCUGCUGGGCAGCAGCCCUGUGGCCUCCCUGGAUGUUCCCCCGUCCCCCAGCAAGUCUUUCCCAAGAUUCAUGAACGGACUGGCUCCCUCCAUUGGAAAAGGUCAGGAGAGCGCCCUUGGAAGCCGCACUGUGGCCGGUGAAUAUAUCCGGCCCUUCCCGCUCCCGGGUGACAAGCCGGAACCUCUGUCCGUCAAGCCCACCUUCCUGUCAAGAUCCAGUGGCCCAAGAUGCAGAUUUGAAUCAGACAUGGAUAAUGAUCGGAAUUCCAAUACCGCCAAGCAGAGGUACUCGGGGAAGGUCCACUUGUGUGUCGCCCGCUACAGUUAUAACCCCUUUGAUGGGCCCAAUGAAAACCCGGAGGCUGAGCUGCCCCUCACGGCAGGGAAGUAUCUCUACGUCUAUGGAGACAUGGAUGAGGACGGCUUCUAUGAAGGCGAGCUUCUGGACGGGCAGCGGGGCCUGGUGCCCUCCAACUUUGUGGAUUUCAUCCAGGACAACGAGUCUCGACUGGCCAGCACGCUGGGGAACGACCAGGAUCAGAACUUCAUCAACCAUGCAGGCAUCGGCUCGGAGGCGGAGAACAUUCUGGACCUCCACUCUCCAACACUCACGGACUCCAGCCUCGCUGACCACGGGGCGGGGACACUGGACGUGAACAUUGACGACAUCGGAGAAGACAUCGUGCCUUACCCUCGGAAAAUCACCCUCAUCAAACAACUCGCCAAAAGUGUCAUUGUGGGCUGGGAGCCCCCGGCAGUGCCCCCAGGUUGGGGGACCGUGAACAGCUACAACGUGCUGGUGGACGCGGAGACGCGCCUGAGCCUGGCUCUGGGCGGCAGGACCAAGGCCCUGGUGGAGAAGCUCAACAUGGCAGCCUGCACCUACCGCAUCUCCGUGCAGAGUGUCACCAGCCGGGGCAGCUCGGACGAGCUGCGGUGCACACUGCUGGUGGGCAAGGACGUAGUGGUGGCUCCCUCCCACCUGCGUGUGGACAACAUCACCCAGAUCUCUGCCCAGCUGUCCUGGCUGCCCACCAACAGCAACUACAGCCACGUCAUCUUCCUCAAUGAGCAGGAGUUGGAUGUCGUCAGGGCUGCCAGGUACAAGUACCAGUUCUGCAACCUCAGGCCCAACAUGGCUUACAAGGUGAAGGUCCUGGCCAAGCCCCAUCAGAUGCCCUGGCAGCUCCCCCUGGAGCAGAGGGAGAGGAAGGAGGCCUUCGUGGAGUUCUCCACGCUGCCUGCAGGUCCUCCAGCACCCCCACAAGAUGUUGCUGUCCAAGCUGGGACCACCCCAGCCACCGUCCAGGUCUCCUGGAGGCCGCCCACUCUGACGGCCACUGGGCUAUCCAAUGGAGCCAAUGUUACCGGCUACGGCGUGUACGCAAAAGGGCAGAGGGUUGCUGAGAUCAUCUCGCCCACAGCGGACUGCACGGCCGUGGAGCUGGUACGCCUGCGCAGCCUGGAAGCCAAGGGCGUGACCGUGCGGACCCUCUCUGCCCAGGGCGAGUCCGUGGACUCUGCUGUUGCUGCCAUUCCCCCUGACCUCCUGGUGCCUCCAACCCCCCACCCGAGAACUGCUCCCACACCGAAGCCAUUAGCAAGUGCCGGAGCCCCCGAAACCAAAGAUGAGCACCCGGGUCCCCACGCCACGAUGGACGAGGCCUGGGAACACGGCCGGGCACCCGCCCCAGCCCACGGGCACCUGCUGGAGCCGCCCGGCCUGCAGGGCUCGGGCCCCGGGCGGCGGUCGCCCUCGCCCAGCCGCAUCCUCCCGCAGCCGCAGGGCACCCCGGUCUCCACCUCGGUCGCCAAGGCCAUGGCCCGGGAAGCCGCACAGAGGGUGGCUGAGAGCAGCAGGUUAGAGAAAAGGAGCGUCUUCCUGGAGAGGAGCAGCGGACAGUAUGCAAAUUCAGAUGAGGAGGAUGGCUACGAGUCCCCGGACGUCAAGAGGAGGGGCGCAUCUGUGGAUGAGUUCCUGAAAGGCUCAGAGCUGGGCAAACCGCCACACUGUUGCCAUGGAGACGAGUACCACACGGAGAGCAGCCGGGGGUCUGACCUCUCGGACAUCAUGGAGGAGGAUGAGGAGGAGCUGUACUCUGAAAUGCAGCUGGAGGACGGGGGCAGGAGGCGGCCGAGCGGCACGUCCCACAAUGCCCUCAAGGAGUGCUCUAAGAAUAGGACCACUGAACGUGCUUUCUCGGAGUUACCCGAGUAUCCUCAACAGACCCAUCACACUAAGAGACUUUUCAGUAUCCCCGAAGUAGCAGAGGAGGACGGAGAGUCUUGUGAGUUCCUGCAUAAGCAGGCCUUAGGGUCCUCCUCCAGGGUCAGGACCGGGCUGGCCAGAGAGCCCAGGCCCGCCAGGCCCUGCCGGGGGCACGAGGCCCUCCAAGGCUCCUGGUACCCCGUGAAACCCAGGGGCCCCCAGGCCGACGACGACCUCGUAUUCGAAGACAGAGGCUGUCGGUUCAGCCGCUCGGCCGCCAGGAGCCCGGACAGCGGCCUGGACUGUGGCAGUGAAGAGGAGGAGAUGCGAUUUAGUUUCCAAAGCCCUAAUGCCCAGUGCAGCCCCGGGCCCGGGCACUGUCCUUGUAGGAGGAGCCUGAGGCCCCUGCUGGCCCGGCGCCGGACGCUGACCCGGCAGAGCAGCAUCGAAGAGGAUUUUGGGGAGCCAGUGGAGCCCGGUGACGUCAUCAGGAGCGAUGAGCCCCACCCGAGCCCAGAGAGGUCCACCCCCAGCAAGUACGGCUGGGAUGAGCCCACGGGCCGCGAGGAUUUCCGAGAUGCCUGGAAGAAAAGCAUAAAAAUGCCCGACAGUAGGGCCAUUGCCCGACAGGCCCAGCCUCCUCCCCGGGUUGCAGAUGGCCCUUUGAUUUUAGGAAACCCGGUGACCGCAGGACGGGCUGAUCGGGCGGAUCACGUGGGCCGGAGGUUUUCCCACGGCAGUGCUGCUUCCCACAGGUCCCGGCCAAUGAUGGUCCAUUCUGCGGAUGAGUACGGGCGGGACCGGCUUUCUCCGGACUUCUACGAAGAGUCAGAGACAGACCCUGGGGCAGAAGAGCUCCCAGCCCGCAUCUUCGUGGCCCUUUUUGACUAUGACCCCCUUACCAUGUCCCCGAACCCAGACGCUGCAGAAGAGGAGCUUCCCUUUAAAGAAGGGCAGAUCAUCAAGGUGUAUGGUGAUAAAGACGCAGAUGGAUUCUACCGCGGGGAAACCUGUGCCCGGCUUGGCCUUAUUCCCUGUAACAUGGUCUCUGAAAUCCAGGCAGAUGAUGAGGAGAUGAUGGACCAGCUUCUCAGACAAGGCUUCCUCCCUCUGAACACACCUGUGGAGAAAAUAGAGCGGAACAGAAGAGGCGGCAGGCAGCACGCGGUGUCCACGCGAAGGGUGGUGGCCCUGUAUGACUAUGACCCGAGGGAGAGCUCGCCCAACAUCGACGUCGAGGCUGAACUUACAUUUUGCACAGGAGAUAUUAUUACUGUUUUUGGUGAAAUUGAUGAAGAUGGAUUUUACUAUGGGGAGCUUAAUGGGCAGAAAGGGCUUGUACCUUCCAACUUCCUAGAAGAAGUGCCUGAUGAUGUAGAAGUCUACCUUUCCGACGCACCGUCCCACUACUCACAGGACAUGCCAAUGCGCUCCAAGACGAAAAGGGUUCCUGCUGAGGGUUCAGGUACAGCAAGGAGAGCGCCAUCCCCCACAGUGCAUCUCCAUUCGGGGUCGCCUCCGUCACCUAAGGGUACUGGUAGUCCUGGGAGAGGCAGGGACAUGUCCUCGAAAAAGAAAAAGGGGCUGCUUUCCAAAGGCAAGAAACUGCUGAAAAAGCUGGGUGCAGUGAAAUGA